AUGACACUCCUUGUUCAAGCUUCCAUGUCUCUGAGCACCAGAAGCACGCUGUUACUCCCCAAAAGACUCCUCACCCUUCACUCCUUCUCCUGCAAAAUGUCGUCUGACUCGCCACCCUUAACUCACUCCCUCGCUCUCCCGAGUCAACUCGCCGCCGAGCCCGUCCAGAUCGUCGCCGCCCCCAACGUCUCCUCCUCACAGUUCAGGAUGGCUAUUGAUUCGUCUUUGUUUAAGCAGUGGCUGAAGAACAUGGAGAGUGAGACUGGGAUUCUACGCGACGGUUCUUUGUAUCUGAAACGAGUCCUAAUUCAGGGUGUGGAUAUGUUUGGAAAGAGGAUUGGAUUUCUGAAGUUUGAAGCAGAUGUGAUUGAUAAAGAAACAGGGAAGAAGGUUCCAGGUAUUGUGUUUGCACGCGGACCGGCUGUAGCUGUGCUUAUUCUUUUGGAAUCUGUGGGCAAGAGUUAUGCAGUUCUUACUGAACAGGUUAGAGUCCCCGUUGGAAGGAUCAUACUGGAGCUGCCUGCUGGGAUGUUGGAUGAUGACAAGGGUGAUUUUCUUGGUACUGCAAUCCGUGAGGUGGAAGAGGAGACUGGCAUAUCCCUAAAGCAAGAAGACAUGGUGGACCUCACAGCCUUCCUUGACCAAUCUACUGGAUGCAGAAUGUUUCCUUCUCCUGGAGGGUGUGAUGAAGAACUCAGUCUCUAUCUGUACAGAGGGCAGGUGGAUAAAGAGAUCAUUGAGCGGCUGCAAGGUAAAGAAACAGGCAUUCGUGAACAUGGAGAGCUGAUUAAGGUCCGUGUGCUUCCUUAUGAAAAGCUCUGGCGCAUGACAGCUGAUGCAAAGGUUUUAACAGCUGUUGCGCUCUAUGAAAUGGCAAAAAGAGAAGGCCUCUUGCCUCCCCUGAAAACAUGAAAUGCUAAUUAUCGUAAUCCCCUUUGUUGGGCGGUUGUUGCUGUUAGCAACCAUGAGCCACUGAGCCAGUACAAGAACCAGAGAUGAUUUUUUUGUUUUUUUUUUUUGUUAUCUAUGUUGCAAAGUGUAUGGAGCUGCAUUUAAU